CGUCGACGCCGACGAGGAGCUCCGACGCCGACGGGCGACGGCUGCCGGUCGAGCUGCCGAUGGCGGGCUCGGGGACGGCGACGGCGAGCUAUUCUCUCCUCGGCCCGGUGGUCUGACUGACAGGUGGGCCCAGCCCCCAGCUUCUCCCGCGGCGAGGCGGCUCAUCCCAUCUCCACAGCCGCAGUUGUUGCAGCAAGGAGGCAUGGCGGUGGGGGGUGAAGAAGAGAAGCCCUUCAACUUCCUCCAGAUUCUGUGUGAGGGCGUCAUAGCUGGUGGCACCGCGGGUGUGGUGGUGGAAACAGCUCUGUACCCGAUUGAUACGAUAAAAACCAGGCUUCAGGCUGCUCGGGGAGGAAGUCAAAUUCAAUGGAAAGGAUUGUAUUCUGGAUUAGCUGGAAAUAUUGCUGGUGUUCUCCCGGCUUCUGCUGUAUUUGUGGGAAUAUACGAACCGACAAAAAGAAAACUACUGGAGACUUUUCCUGAAAAUUUGAGUGCUGUUGCCCAUUUUACUGCCGGGGCUAUUGGAGGAAUUGCGGCUUCUCUCAUUCGCGUCCCCACAGAGGUUGUCAAACAAAGAAUGCAAACAGGUCAAUUCAGGUCUGCACCUGAUGCUGUUCGUCUCAUUGUUGGUAAAGAAGGAUUCAGAGGUCUUUACGCUGGAUAUGGAUCAUUUUUACUUCGAGAUCUGCCUUUUGAUGCCAUUCAAUUCUGUAUAUAUGAGCAACUUCGAAUUGGUUACAAAGUUGUGGCCAAGAGGGAGCUGAAUGAUCCAGAGAAUGCACUUAUUGGUGCUUUUGCUGGUGCCAUUACUGGGGCUAUAACAACACCACUCGAUGUGAUGAAGACGCGGUUGAUGGUUCAGGGAUCAGCGAACCAGUACUCCGGAAUUGUAAGCUGCGCCCAGACAAUCCUGAGGGAGGAAGGACCUGGGGCAUUCUUGAAGGGGAUCGAGCCGCGGGUGCUGUGGAUUGGCAUCGGCGGGUCCAUCUUCUUCGGCGUGCUGGAGAAGACCAAGUCGAUGCUCGCCGAGAGGAGGAGCCGCGAGCCACCAGCCGGGAAGGAUGAGUGACAGAUUUUACCCUCGGCCAUGGAUGGAUGCUUCAAGUUUUGUGUUUGUUUUGAUCGAUUUCACAUGAGAAGUAGUGCAUCUCUCGAGGAGGAAGACAAUGCCACUUUGCGUCCCAAUGAUUAAAUUCCCAUUCGUUUAAUGAAUUAAUAUUAUGUUCAAGUUUUUUUUAAAAUCUGAUUAUACUACAUUAUAGCUUCUCUCUCUCCCUGCAGUUUACCCAUGCUGUAUGACUUGUAGAUGUAACAGUCGGUCGUUGCCGAUCAAAUUGUACCUUUGUCAAUCCAGAUAGUAUUGCAGCAGUAUUUACAAAUGGUAAGCUUGUUA